CAUUUUUUUCAAUGCCGAUAGUCUUCAGUGUGCUUGGUAGACUUCCGAGCGCAAACUGUAUAUAAUAAAAGUCGUAUACUAUACAUUUAAAUCAAAAUGAAAAGUGUGCAUAGACCGUUGCGUUUCGCGCUUCUCUUUCUCUUGAUCAUCCCCUCGUCCAUGGGGCUCGUAGAAGAACUCACAAAAGACGCAGUGGACACCGUAGUGACGCUCGUGACCAAUGUUUACAACAUAAUAACUGGCGGAGCGUUGUUCAUCAAAGAGGACCUAUACCUCACCAGCGAGAAGGAACUCGACGACACGACCCCCUCCAUUGGCCAAGAGUACGACUUCGUGAUCAUUGGGGCAGGAACCGCAGGCUCUGUGAUGGCAAACAGACUGAGCGAAAUACCAAACGUCACGGUUCUUCUGGUUGAGGCUGGACCGAAGGAGAAUCUCAUCGAGGACAUACCUCUGCUCGCUCCGUUCUUGCAGUUCUCCGAUUCCAUCAACUACAAGUAUCAGACAGAGCCCUCGGAUGACUACUGCCGAGGGAUGACGAACAACCAGUGCAGCUGGCCCAGAGGUAAGGUCAUGGGAGGUAGCAGUGUGAUAAACUUGAUGGUCGCCACGAGAGGCAAUCGCGAGGACUACGACAAUUGGGCUGUGCUGGGCAACGUAGGCUGGUCCUUCAACGACCUCUUCAACUACUUCAAAAAGCUGGAGAACUUCAAUUGUACACCGGUCGAGAAAGCUUAUCACGGGUUCGACGGACCGAUGCACAUUGAAAACGUACCGUAUCGUACGAAAAUCAGCGAGGCUUAUCUCGAGGCCACCGAAGAGAUGGGAUUUCCGACUAUCGAUUACGAUGGGCAGGAGCAGAUAGGAUUCGCGUACACCCACGCGACCGUAAACAAUGGGGAGAGAUGGUCCAUUAACAGAGGUUACCUGUAUCCCAUCCAUGGGCGACCUAAUCUCUUCCUAACGCGAAACACUCGCGCGGAUAAAGUGCUGAUCGAUCCGGACACGAAGAAAGCUUAUGGAGUUUUCUUGAACAAAGAUGGAACGACCAUAGAAGUUCGAGCGAAGAAAGAAGUGAUAGUAUGCACCGGUUCCGUCGACACUCCAAAACUGCUGAUGCUCUCCGGAAUAGGACCAGCCGAUCAGCUGCGAGAAUUGGGGAUUAACGUUUUGCAAGAUUCAAAAGGUGUUGGUGAAAAUCUGAUCGAUCACUUAUCGUACUGGAACCUGAUGUUUACGGUGAACGACUCCGUGACCAUCGUCACUGCGGAUCUUCUCUCCCCAACUAAUCCAGCAGCGGGCGAUUACUUGAAAAAGAGACGAGGACCUUUUACGAUCAGUGGUGGCGGAGAAAUAAUAGGUUUCAUCAACGUCGAUGAUUUGGAAGCUAGAAAAGGAAGUCCCAAUGUGGAAUACUUUCAGGUCACUCCCACCGUUGGCUCCGAUUAUUUCUUUCACGAUAUCUUGAAUAUAGAUGACGAUCAUUACAAGACAACGUAUAAAAGUCUGUUGAACAAGCAAUCCUUUAUGAUUAUAGUCAUUUUGCUGUCGCCCAAGAGUAGAGGAAAAAUAACGUUGAAAAGCAAAGAUCCGGGAGCAAAGCCACAGAUAUACCCGAAUUACUUGAGCGACGCGGACGACGUCAGAGUAAUGACAAAAGGAAUCAGAUAUGCGAUCGAAUUGUCCAAGGCCGAAGCGCUGCAAAAGUACAACUCCACUUUGGUCGAGAAUCGGAUUCUCGGGUGCGAGAAGCUGGAAAUGUAUUCGGAUGAAUAUUGGGACUGCGCUUUGAGAACUUUUGGAACGACCACUUACCACCCGGUUGGCACCAGCAAGAUGGGGCCCGUCGACGAUCCUAUGGCUGUGGUCGAUUCAAGACUGAAGGUCUACGGCAUUGAUAGUCUGAGAGUCGUCGAUGCAUCGAUCAUGCCGACGAUCAUUUCCGGGCAUCUGAACGUUCCGGUGAUGGCCAUCGCUGAAAAAGCUGCCGAUAUGGUUAAAGAGGAUUGGGGAUACGCUACGGAUUGAAACACGCACAGACUUGUAUCGGUAACCCUUUUUACAGUCUAAUAAAGCUAAGCUGCCAAAUUCA